AUGAAGCGUAAACGGGCCAGUGAGAGUUCCCAGCCCUCAACACUGAGCAUUGAGGCUAAGCAAAAGAAAAGACUGUAUGCAAUGAAAUAUAGGAAACUUAAACAGGUCAGCGAGAGUUGCCAGCCCUCAACACUGCGCAUUCAGGCUAAGCAAAAGAAAAGACUGUAUGCAAAGGAAUGUAGGAAACAAAAACAUUGUGAGAUUGAACCACUACAAAGUUUAAUAUCCAAAUUUCAUGAUGUUGUCUCACAAGGUCCUCUUUAUAUUUGCACUUGUUGUGACCAGUUAUGGUACAAGCAUAGUGUCAUUCCAGUCACAACACUUAAAGCAAAUAAUCCUGAUGUUCAAAAAAGAUUGUUAAAUAGAAAAAGCGUUAAUAAUAUGGAGUGGUUGUGUAAAACCUGUAAUAAGUAUUUAAAAAACAAUAAGGUGCCUCCUUGUGCUGCCGUAAAUGGGCUGCAGUUUCCAGAAAAACCUUCGUUUUUCGAUCUAAAUGAAUUAGAGUGUAGAUUGCUUGCUCCAAGACUUGCAUUUCAAAAAUUAAUGCAAGCUCCUAGAGGUAGACAACUAAAAAUCAAUGGAAACAUUGUUAAUGUUCCAGCAGAUGUUGUUAAUACUGUUAACAUGUUGCCAAGGUUUCCAAAUGAGACAAGCACAAUUAAAGUUAACCUAAAGAGAAGAUUGCAAUACAAAAGUUCAGCUUUAUCACUAAAUGUCAGACCAAAUAAAGUAGCAGAAGCUGCCAAAUGGCUUGUAAAUAAUGGUAACCUUUAUAAAGAUGAAGGUAUAACUUUCAAUGGCACUUGGCUUGAAGAUAAUUCAAAUACUCAAAUCGUAUUUGAUGAUAGUGACAAUGAUCAAACUUCAGAGGGUUCAGAAAAUGUUGUGGACUGUAAUGCAGAAAGCUUGAAUUGUGAUACAGAAUGUAAAACCCAGCAAUCAUCAGCAUGUGACGAUGAUGAUGAAUACUGGAGUGAAGACGAGGCAGAAAUACUUGCUGGAAUCACUGAUACUAUGUUAACAUCUCCAGAUUUUGUCACUGAUAAUGAACGUCAGCAUAUUUUAAAUGUUGCACCUGGUGAGGGAAAUAGGCCUAUGAGUAUAUUUAGAGAUAAAUACUCAGAGGAAUUAGCAUAUCCGGGUAUAUUUCUUGGACAGAAGCGACCAGACAAUACAAAUAGACUAACCAAAAUCCAUUAUAGUGAAAUUUGUAAAUCUGAAUUAAGAAGGUCUGACCGAAGGGCUGCAAUGUGUGUGGAAAAUAUUUUAUUUAAAACAAAGAAAUUGCAAAUGAAGAUUUUGCUUGGGCAGUCACAAGUUGCAUUGAGGAAAUGUCAACGAAAUAGUGACACAAUCACUGCCGUUCAACUAAAACAACCAGGUGCAUUAGAUAACAUGAUUCAUCAGGAUCAAGGAUUUAAAUUUCUUAGAGCUGUAAGGGGUUCACCUCCAUUAUUUGAAAAAGCUAAAAAGGAUAUAUUUGCAAUGAUCAGGCAGUUAGGAUCUGCUUCAUUAUUUUGUAGUUUUUCUUCAGCGGAAACACAAUGGAUUCAUUUACUGAGAAUACUUGGUAAACUUGUUGAUAACAAAACGUACACUGACACUGAACUUGAGAACCUCAAUUGGGAAGAGAAAAGUAGGUUAAUUCAGAGCGAUCCUGUGACAUGUGCCAGGCAUUUUGAUUAUCAAGUACAGAAGUUUUUGCAAAACUUUCUUUUAAGUAGUGCUGCGCCUCUAGGAAAAAUUGCGGACUGGUUCUAUAGGGUUGAAUAUCAACAAAGAGGAUCACCUCAUAUUCACAUGUUAAUAUGGCUAGAAAAUGCUCCUACAUUCGGGGAAGAUUCUGAUUGUGAUGUUGUUUCAUUCAUUGAUACGAUGAUCACAUGUGAAAAGCCAACUGAGAAUCCAGAUUUACUUGCACUUGUAAACAGGCAAGUUCAUCGCCAUUCUCACACUUGUCGAAAGAAAUCCAAAAGUGUCUGUCGUUUUAAUUACGCACAGCCAUGCUAUGAGAUCAACCAAAAUUCUAUAUCCAUUAGAUAUUGAUAUGGAUGAUAAUGAAGUUGAUCAACAUAAAGAUACUUGGAAAUUUAUAAAGAAACACCUGAAUGAUAUGAAAGAGGGUGAGGACAUUACAUUUGACCAGUUGCUUGUAAAUCUUAAACUGACAGAACAAAACUAUUUGCUAGCUGUUCAAUCUAGUCUCAAGACACCAACUAUAUUCUUAAGAAGGAGACCAAAUGAACUAAGGAUCAAUAAUUAUAAUGCUGCAUGUCUCAGUGCAUGGCGUGCAAAUAUGGAUAUUCAGUUUGUACUAGAUGUAUAUGCAUGUGCAAUAUACAUUGUAUCAUAUAUAUCCAAGGCUCAAAAAGGCAUGAGUGAACUAUUGAGAACAGCUUGUGAAGAAGCAAAAAGGGGAAACUCCAGUAUUAAACAACAAGUGAGAGAUAUUGGAAAUAGGUUUUUGAACAAUGUUGAAAUAAGUGCACAAGAAGCAGUCUAUAUAGUACUUCAACUUCCAAUGAGGAAAUCUUCUCGUCAAGUAGUAUUUAUAAAUACUUCACCCCCAGAGGAUAGGGUUUAGUUACUAAAACCAUUGCAAGAAAUUAAUGAUUUCGAAGAUGAUUCUGAUGAAAUUUAUGCAUCUGGUCUAAUAAAGCGUUACACAAAACGACCAGCCAAACUUGAAAAUGUGUCCCUUGCAAAUUGGGCUACAUGGUACGACUCCACUGGUAAGCCAUAUAUCAAACCAUCACGUUAAUUAGAUAUUGAUAAUUAUCCACUUGAGACAAACUUGAGUGAUAAUGAUGAUAAUGAGGAAGAAGAAAGCGAACAAAAGAAUAAAAAAAGAUCUAAAGCCAGAAUUAGUCGAAGUGUCUGUUUUAACAAGGAAGUUGAUUCUGAAAAGCAUUACCGUGAACUAAUCAUGUUAUUCACUUCAUGGAGGGAUGAAAUAACUGAUUUAUUAGGAAAUUGUGCUUCUUACCAAGAACACUAUUUUCAAGUUAAAAAUACAAUAGAUGAGCAAAUGAAAUGUUAUGCUAUGUGUAGUGAAGAUCUGAAUGCGAUUCAAGACCAGCUUAAUAAUGUGGAAGAUAAUGAUGAAAACUAUGACCUGAUUGCCCUAGGAACACAAAACAUUGAGCGUCAAGAUGAAAAUGAAGGUGCACAAGACCUUCAUCCAGAAUUCAAUGAAACCUAUGACCUAUCUGGUGAUCUUGGAAUUCCUUCAGCUGCAUCUAAUACUGAGCAGCUGAUAUUGCAUGAAGAACAGGAUGAUGUUUACAGAGGAAUGGUACAAAAAUUAAACAGAGAACAAAAAGAAUUUUUCUUCCAUGUUUUACAUCUUAUUAAAACUUCUGACAAUCCAUUCUACUGUUUUCUUGGUGGAGGAGCAGGAGUUGGCAAGUCCCAUCUCACUAAGUGUCUUUAUCAAGCAGCAUUAAAGUAUUAUAAUACUAGAGCAGGUGAUGAUUUCCAUCAAGUGAAAAUAUUAAUGCUUGCACCAACUGGUAAAGCAGCUUACAAUAUCAAAGGUAACACAAUACAUAGUGCACUUGCAAUACCUGCAUGUCAAUCUUUAAAGAAUUACAAACAUCUUGAUUCAAGCAGGUUAAACACCUUACGGUGUCAACUUAGUGGUUUAAAACUAAUAUUUUUGGAUGAGAUCUCAAUGGUUGGUAGUACAAUGUUUAAUGUUCAAAUAAAUAAUAGACUGAAAGAUAUUAAAGGAAGUAAAGAAGAUUUUGGUGGUGUAAGCAUGGUUGUUAUCGGUGAUUUAUUUCAGCUGGAACCUGUAAUGGACAGGUAUAUAUUUAAGAAUCUAGACAAUUCAGAAUAUGCAGUUCUGGCUCCUAAUAAAUGGCAAGAUAACUUCAAUAUGUUUGAAUUGGAAGAAAUUAUGCGCCAAAGGGAGAGCAAAGUGUUUGCUGAAAUAUUAAACAGACUUAGGGAAGGAAAACAUACUAAGGAUGAUAUUUUGAAACUAAAAGAAAGAUUAAUAAAAGAAAAUAGCAUCCAAGAUCCCAUGGAUGUGCCUCACUUGUUCAUACAAAAUAAGAAGGUAAAUGUAUUCAAUGAAAGAGUGCAUAAUGCAGCAACUGGUGAAAAUUUUUCAAUCAAAGCAAUAGACAGUGUUAUAGGAGCUAAAUCUGCUCAACUUCGAGAAAAAAUUUUGAGUCAAAUACCAGAUGAUCCCAGGAAAACUAAACAAAUUGCUUCAAACCUUCAAUUGUCAGUGGGGGAAAGAACUGAGAUAGCAUUAAAUGUACGCACUGAUGAUGGAAUGACUAAUAGUGCUGGUAAUGUUGUUAAAAAGAUACAAUUGAAUCAAAUAGAUAAACCUUCAGGUAUAAUAUGGGUCCAAUUUGACCAUUCAGAUGUUGGUGAGAAGACCAGAGAUGAAAAUAGACGUCUUUAUGUUCAAGGUAUUGAGUCCACAUGGACUCCAAUAAAGCCAAUCACAACUCAGUUUGCUGUGG